AUGCCCCCGAAACGUGCUUCUGCGUCCCGCGGCGUGCGACGCGUCGAGACACCGCGUGUGGCCCGAGAAAUGCCUGCUGCAAGAGCCGGGAAAAAGUCCCCCCGUUCACGUGCGGCAACACCGCCAUUAGACGCAGCGGCAGCGGCAGCGGCAGCAGCGGCCCCGCCCGAGGCAUUGCCCUCGACACCGCCCCCGCGGCAGCCGGUGGUUGAGGAGGCGCCGUCGAGCGAGGCCCUUCCGCCCACCACGGCCUUGGCGCUGCGGGACGAAGUCAUCUGGAGCGACAGCGACGACGACAACAACGACGGCGACGGUGGCGUGUUCCUGUUUCCCGACGCGCAAGACCUCGCGGAGGGGCCGGAGGCCGCCUCGAACCUCAUUCGUGUCGGCACAACGCAGAAGUUGGACGAGUCGGACAGCAGCGAGGAUGAGGCGACGCUUAACCGCGUCGGGGACAUCCCCCUUGAGUGGUACAAGGAUGAGGCGCACUUCGGCUAUGAUGUUGAGGGCCGCAAGCUGAUGAAGAGCGAACGCUCCGCCCUGGAGCGUCUGUUGGAGGCGACGGAUGACCCGAACGCGCUGCGCACCAUCUACGACGCUUUGCAUGACGAAAAGAAAACACUGAGCAACGCGGAUCUGCAGAUGAUCUUCAACCUGCAGCGCAACCGCACCCCAAAUUCCAACUACAACAUGUACGCCGAUGUAGUGACGGAUGGCGUUGAGUUUGAUCCGCUCAAUCACCCCUUGGCGCGCGCUGGCGGGCCGUCAAAGAAAAAGUUCGUUCCCGCACAACACGACAUGAAAGUCAUUGAAAAGAUGGUGCGUCGUCUAAUGAAGGCUGAAGCAAACAAAACCGAUGAAAAGGAGGAGACGCUGCCGGAGGAGUCGCCUCUGAUCUGGGACGAGAGCAAGAUGGAGAUGGAGGCCCACGCAAAGUACAAGUAUCAACACCGCGUUCCGAAGCCCAAGGCCCCGCCACCAGGCACAUAUGAGAGCUAUCGUCCGCCGCCGGAGUACCUUCCAAGUGAAAAGGCGCGGCAGCGGUUUGCCAGGCUGCGUCCAAUUGACAGAAAGGAACACUUCCUGCCACAGGCGUUUGAUGCACUACGACAUGUGCCUUUCUAUCACCACACGAUCCAGGAUCGGUACCAACGCUGUCUUGACCUCGCGUUCUUUCCCCGCGCACAGCGUACCCGGCUGGUUGUGGAUCCCUCGAAACUUCUACCAGACUUGCCGGAUCCUAAGGACCUUCGACCGUAUCCAGAGCGGCUUUCAUUCCAGUACAAGGGCCACACGGCGACAGUGCGCAGUGUGUCGGUCAGUCCGAAUGGGCAAUUUCUUGCGACUGGUUGCGAUGAUCAUUUAGUGCGUGUGUAUGAGGUAAUGACAGGCCGGCUGAUGAAGCGCUAUGACAUGGGAGCUCCGGUGCAGCAAGUUGAGUUCUGUCCAGUCAAGGCGCUCAACAUAUUAGCGGUUGCCGUGGAGUACAGUCUGGUGUUUAUUGUUCCCACGUUUGCCGCCCAUCAGGUAGUGAACGAGCACACGAUUCGCUACCUUCGUGCCCCUGGUAGUGCAGAAACGCAGUCAACGGAAACUCGCAUCGCGGGCGGCGAAACAUCACUUGGGGGAGGAGGCAUCACACAGAUGACACUUGACAAGGACGAGUCUGCGCAUCGUCUCCUGCAUGACCUUCAUGACACGGAGGAACGGGAGAAGCGCGCGGAGUUUGUUGACGCCUCGGCCCAAGAGCGCAGUGCCGGUAUUGUAGUCAAAAUUGCGCUGCACGGUAAGGUGAAGCGCUUCACCUUCCACGCCCGUGGCGACUACCUCUGUGCACUCUGCCCGAAGGACCACGUCAAGUACCGCCAGACGGUGAUGCUGCAGCUGUCAAAGCGAAAGGUCUUCUGUCCGUUCCGUAAAUUUUCGGAGAUCGUCACUGACUGCAAAUUUCACCCGCGCGAACCACUUUUCUUCCUAGCGACGACAAAUUCUGUCAGGGUCUAUAACCUUAUGGCUCACAAGCUGCAGCGGCGGUACAAGGCCCCAGGAGGGAUUACGACGUGUUUGUCCGUGCAUACCGAAGGGGACAACUUCCUGGUCGGUGACACAACGAGCCACACGCAGUGGUACGAUUGUGACUUCUCCGACAAGCCCUACAAGCGCAUGCGCUCCCACAAGGGGGUGGUCAACGCCGUAGCGUUCCACACCAACACCAACGCCUAUCCACUUUUUGCCUCUGGCGCGUCGGACGGUCAGGUGCACGUCUUCCACGGCAUGGUCUACGACGACUACAACAAGAAUCCGUUGCUGGUGCCUGUGAAGAUCCUAAAGCAUCGCCGCGGGGUCUACGCCAUUGCGUGGCACCCGACGCUGCCGUGGGUGUUCACCGCCACUGAGGACGGCGUCGUCUCGGCGUGGACUGAGUGA